UGGGAAACAGAGAGGAGAAGCUGCCCAAGUGGAAGCUCCAUUAUUGUUUCUUCUGUAACCAGCAAAGCUUCCCCAGCAAAGCUUGCUCUACUUGAGCGAUGGCCAAGGAGCGACGAGAGGGGGAGGUCUGCCUCCCUUCCGACUUCCUUUGCGACGAUCAUUUCCUCGAGGAGAAGAGAAGGCGAGACGAUUGCUUCUGGAGGAGUUCGCCAUGAAUCUCGACUGGCCGGCGGAGGACGAAUGCCCCUGCAUGACCGGGCUAGCUUGGCAGAUGCCUGGCUCCUUCCUCGGCGACACUAAAUAUUGUGACGGGAGGUAUGGAUUCACGACCGGUUCCCAUGGAACCGCUCUCCGCGGUCGGUUCAUCUCGGAGAAGAAGGAAAGCCUCGACGCUCCUUCGUUAGUUGCCCUGCCGCCUGCGCUGUCUUUCUCAGAUCAUUGCGAGACCGCCAAUAGCGGCCACUGCACGUCCCCCGUCCCCAUCCACUUGCAGCGGUUUCAGGCAACUCAGCUGAAGCAGCAGCAGCAGCUGAUGAGACAACGGUUGUUCGCAGCGUGGGCAAGGCAGAGUGAAGCAAAAGGAGCCGUGCAUUCCCACAACCGUGGCCGCCCCACGGGACUGUCUUCUUCCGCACGCCGUCCUCUCCAAAUGCAGCAGCAGCAACCGCAGCCUGGAUCUGGGAUGAGAGCUGUCUUCCUCAGCAGCCCCAGCGCGAGGAGAGAAUCCGCCGGAACCGGCGUCUUCCUGCCACGCGUCGGCGGCGACAAGUCCGAGCCGCCAAAGAAACCAGCAGCUUACUCCACUGUGCUUGUGCCGGAAAGAGUGGUCCAGGCGCUGAAUCUAAAUCUGGAGGAGAUGGGAGGGAAGCCAUACUCGGUCCUCGACCAUGGCAAGUCGCUCUCUGUUCAUUCCACACUCACUCUCAAAAGAUUGCACCAGUUGACCAAAUCCUAUUCUCCUCCUAAACGCACGUCUUGUGCUUCGACAGAUGCUCUCAUAAGCCGACGAGACGCAGUGCUUUCACAUCAGAAAAGGAACCACCGGCUUCCCCACCCAACUCCUCCUGCGAUCCGUGAGAUCAGACUCCCCCAUGACUGGACCUACUGAUACAUGCCCUAUACAUCACAACAGCAGCUGCAAUAAGGUUGGCAGCUCUAUUGAUCCUUAUUGUGUUGGCAGCCCAAUUGGUUGCACCCUCUAUAGCAGUGGACAAAUUUGUAUUACCAUCAUGUCUUGAAUUGUAUGUGAGAUACAUACAUACAAACAAAUGUUGCAGAAUCCAUGUUCAGAAGAAGAACUUGUGUGUAGUGCUUGUCAAAAGCAUAUUACUAUGGGGGCUCUUUAUCUGA